AUGGGUAAACCCAGACCUCACAAAAAGAAAGCAUCCAAAUCCAAGUCCAAGUCCGUUCUCAGCGCUGGCGGGUCGGUCUCGAAACAGAAAAUGAACGAAGAUCCUUCCAAGCUCCUCGAACAAGCGACAACACUCCUCCAGACAGGACAGCCAGAUGUAGCGCUUCCGGUCGCCCAACAGGCGCUCGAACUUGCGCCGGCCAAUUCGCCCGCCCAGCUUUCGGCCUUGAACAUCGUGGCGGAGAUCUACGUUGAGCUGGGGGAGAUUGAUGUGGCGAGGCAGCAUUUUAUGCGCGCGGUUGAGCUGGACCCGACUGGCGCAAUUCCUGAAAGCCAGGGAGGUGGCGCUGAGAAGUUCAUGUGGCUUGCUCAAUUGAGCGAGCUUGGAGGCAAGGACAGUGUUCAAUGGUUUGAGAAGGGUGUUUCUUGUCUCAGGCAAGUUAUUCAACAGCUUGAACAGAACCCGGGUCCUGCAGAAGCUAUUGAGUUGGAGGAGAAGAAACGGAAGAUGGCUAAUGCCCUAUGUGCUGUUGCUGAGAUCUACAUGACCGAUCUUUCGUGGGAAGAAGAUGCUGAAGCCCGUUGCGAAACUCUCAUUACAGAGGCUCUUUUGGUCAACUCAAAUGCACCGGAAGUGCUACAGACUCUCGCCUCUAUCCGAAUCUCACAGCUGCGAACGGAUGAGGCUCGCGCGGCACUCACAAAAAGUCUUGAGCUAUGGAAGGACCUACCACCCGAGGACCCGACAGUCCCCGACUUCGCUACAAGGAUCAGUUUGGCUCGUCUAUUGAUGGAGGUCACCAUGGAGCUUGAAGCACUUGAAGUCCUAGAACGUUUGAUCUUAGAAGAUGACCAGAGUGUAGAGGCAUGGUAUCUCGGAGGAUGGUGUCUCUAUCUUCUCGCCGAGAAGAAGGAAGCGCCCAAGGAGGAAGAGCUGGACAGUGAAACUCCCGAGGCAAGACGCCAUGCCUCACUGGUCGCUAGCCGGGAAUGGCUGAAGCAGAGCUUGACCCUCUACGAAUCGAUUCAAUACGAAGAUGUGAGGCUCAAGGAGCAUGCGGAUGAGUUGGUCGAAGCGAUGAACAAAGAAUUAGGGGAAGAUAUGGAGGAUGACGGGGAAGGUGAGGAGGGAGUGGAGGGCUGGGAGGACGAGUUUGAAAGCCGGUGUCGGAUAAAUCCGCUCCGACCGCUUUCCCCGGAGAUUCGCAGAGCCAGAUUUAUCCCGGCAGAUCGUACAUUCGCGUGGCGAAAAAUUCAAUCGUCCUAUCUCCCAUACAGGAUGGACCUUAUACCAGCACCCGGCGGGGAGAGCUCUUCGUUGAAGAAUCCGGUGGUCGAAGUGGAAGCCGUCGAUAUGACCUCCGCGGAAGUGGAAGGGACCGUUGCGACAGAGAAUCCUCUCUCUGCGCAAAGCAAUGUAUCUCCGUCGGAAGAGGACUCGGAUAGCGGUGAAUCGGGAGACGAAUGGGAAACACAGUCACUCUAUGAAGACGCUAUCCAAGUCCUUCGUGACGAGCAACUUCGGGAAGGGGUACCUGAUGCUUGUACAUUAGACGAGGCGAUUGCAUUCCGAAACCGCCUCCAUGAAGUUGGCAAGGCCGCGUUCGUUGAGGAAACUAUUGCCCAGGACAAAGUAACGGCGAAGAAACUAUGCACUGCAUUUGGGAUCAUGCCCCCGGCUUUCCUCGAGGGCGCGCCGGACGAGGCCUAUCACCCUUUGCUUGCGAUUGGGAUCUCGCAAGAGUUCUCUCGCCGGAAGAAGCUUCCACAGUAUAACACGAUCGACGAUGCGGUCAAGUUACUUCAGGAGUCUAAGAAUAUCAUUGUUUUGACGGGCGCUGGUAUCUCAACGAGUCUCGGUAUCCCCGAUUUUCGGUCCAAGGACACCGGACUCUACUCGCAAUUGGCGCAUUUGGGUCUAAGCGAUCCGCAGGAAGUUUUCGAUAUUCAUAUCUUCCGUGAGGACCCGAGCAUCUUCUACUCGAUUGCGAAGGAUAUCUUGCCUACGGAGAAGAAAUACUCGCCAACUCAUGGGUUCAUUCGACUCCUGCAGGAUAAAGGAAAGCUCCUGACCAACUACACCCAGAACAUCGAUAAUAUCGAGGCGAACGCAGGCGUUCUUCCCGAGAAGAUUGUGCAGUGCCAUGGCUCAUUUGCCACGGCCACCUGUGUUAAAUGCCAGUAUCAGGUGUCAGGCGAUGCGCUCUACGAGGACAUCAGGAAGGGGAACGUUCCUGAAUGCACUUCCUGCCAGAAGGAGAUUGAGGAAGACUCUUUGAGGCCGCAGGGGCAAAAGCGCAAACGUAGCACGAAUGGCACACACAAGAGUCGAAACUCCGAUGGGGACGAGAGCUCUGAAGAGGAAGACUACGAGCUCCCUACCCCCGGGGUGAUGAAGCCUGACAUCACCUUCUUUGGCGAAGAUCUUCCCGAUGAGUUCGGACAGCGCCUGAUUCGCCAUGACCGUGACAAGGUAGAUCUGGUCAUCGUCAUUGGUACCUCGUUGAAAGUCGCUCCUGUAGCAGAAGUGCCAGGCGUGUUACCCCGUCAUGUGCCUCAGAUCUAUAUCUCUCGGACUGUAGUCAUCAUGGAAUAUGUGAUCCGCUUCGCGCAGGUCCACGAGACUUUUCGACGACCGGAAAUCGAGUCUCUGGCCGCUCUGGCUGGAAUUGAUCUGGAAAUCCUAUAUUACGACCAAUUUUCACCAUACUGCGUAGUAAAACUACCCAAUGAAGCAGAUGCGCGCACUCUGAUUUCGCGCAGUAUCUUAGCCAAAGAUAUCUUCGAACUCUGGGGCCAAGGCACCAACUAUGAGGAAGUGCACGCCGACGUCCGCAGGCGGACCCAGCACCGCUGGGAUGAGUUCCAGAAAGUGUCGUUCCGGUUCACGAUCGACUCAUUUUCUGGGAAGCGCAGCAUGGAGGCCAAGCGAGCCAUCAUCCAAUCGUUCGCGUAUCUGGGCUUCGACGGCCCAAUCCGGAUGAAGAACCCCGACGAGGACUUCUGGGUCCUGGAAGACUUUGUUUCGGACGUUGAGAUCGCGACGAGAGCGCCCGGUGCGACACACGCCUACAGCGACGUCCAGGACCCCAGGAAGAUCUAUCUCGGUCGCUGGAUUGCGAACAGCAGUCGCGAUAUCGUCCUGAAAUACGACUUGAAGAAACGCCGCUAUAUCAGUACCACUUCUAUGGACGCCGAGCUGAGCCUCGUCACGGCCAAUAUGGCCCACGCUGCUCCCGGGAGACUGUUCUAUGACCCUUUUGUUGGGACGGGGAGCUUCUGUGUUGCGGCAGCGCAUUUCGGAGCCUUGACCUGUGGGUCGGAUAUUGAUCCACGGAGUUUCAAGGGCAGGGAGAAGAAGGAGAAGGCGCCUAUGGGGUUGUUUACCAACUUUCAGCAAUAUGGCAUUGAGAGCAAGUUUAUGGAUGCGUUCUCUUCGGACUUGACGAACACACCGCUGUUGAAUCGUCAGUUCUUGGAUGGUAUUGUCUGUGACCCUCCAUAUGGUGUCCGUGAAGGCCUUAGGGUUCUGGGAACCCGGGACGGUAGUGGUCGAGAAGAGGUUAUCAUUGAUGGCGUUCCAGCGCAUUAUCGACCUGGUUACAUCCCUCCUAAGAAACCGUACGGCUUCGAAGCCAUGCAGAACGAUAUUCUCGCCUUUGCGUCCCGGACCCUCGUCACCGAUGGCCGUCUCUGCAUGUGGAUGCCCACCUCCAUCGACGAGGAUGUGGAGCUGCUCAUUCCCAUGCAUCCACACUUGGAGGUUGUCAGCGUUUCCGUGCAGCCGUUCAAUCAAUGGUCCCGCCGAUUGAUUACCUACCGAAGACUACCCGAAGGACAGGUCUCCGACAUCUCAAAGGCACGACAGAAGGGUGACUCGGAAGGAAUCAGCGCCGAUGAUCUGAAUGCGUUCCGGAGAAAGAUCCGAGAAAGGAAGCCCAGCUCCGCAACAAAGCUGAGAUGA